AUCGGUGAAAAAGAUGCAGUCAUGCUCUCUCUUCUCUUCUCCUUCUCAGCCUGCCCUGUUCUAUCCAUCUCCAAAAACCACCUUCUCCUCCUCCAGAAACCUAUCGCACUAGCAAGAACCCCACACUGCCAUCCCUCCACCACCACCGCCAUGUCCAUAAACCUACAGUCCCAUGCCUACGCGCGCAACCCCAUACGAUCCAAGACUCCGAAACCCAGUGAACCAUUGUCUCUUAACUCGGCUCUCGAAACACUCAAGACCCAGCUUCUAGAGACCACCCACCAACCCAACUCUCCCAAUUUCAAGGUCUUGCCUUUCCGAAAGGGACGGCCUUUGGCCUCCUCUUCUUCCACUGGCGACGCCGUGGGCCCAAAUUGGCAUCUGGGUUGGAUCGGGUUGGCUGAUUGCAAGCUUUUCUUGGCGAAUUGUGGGAUCGAUCUGAGCUAUGACUCGUUGGUUUAUCUGGGUUCAGAGUCCGCCGUCGACGCGUUGUAUUGGGCGGUUGAUGUUGCCGGGGAGGCCAAUUUGGUGCCUGAGGUUGGCGGCAAGAAGUUCUGCUUUGUGGAGCUGAGGACGCUGAUGGUGGCCACCGAUUGGGACGACCAACGCGCGAUGGGCGAAUUGGCUAUUGCUGGUCAUGCUCGAGCAUUGCUGCAAUGGCACCGUACAUCUCGUUAUUGUGGACACUGUGGAGGAAACACGGUCCCCAUGGAAGCAGGAAGGAGGAAGCAAUGUGUGAACGAGUUGUGCAAAAAGAGGACAUACCCUCGGAUUGAUACGGUUGUGAUCAUGUUAGUUAUUGAUAAGGAAAAUGAACGUGUGCUUUUAAGCCGGCAAUCGAGAUUUGUACCCCGAAUGUGGAGUUGCUUGGCUGGAUUCAUUGAGCCAGGAGAAAGCUUGGAAGAAGCAGUGAGAAGGGAAACAUGGGAAGAGACUGGUAUUGAAGUGGGAGAGGUUGUCUACCACAGUUCUCAGCCAUGGCCAGUUGGACCAAGUAGCCUGCCAUGUCAGUUGAUGGUGGGAUUCUUUGCAUAUGCAAAAUCGCCGGAAAUAAAUAUCAACAAAGAAGAGUUGGAAGAUGCCCAGUGGCACAGUAGAGAAGGCGUGAAGAAAGCAUUGAUGGUCGCCGAAUACAAGAAGGCACAACAAACGGCAGCGGCAAAGGUAACCCAGAUGUGCAAGGGAGUGGAGAAAGGACAAAGUCUGUCUGCAGAUUUCAACGUUGAAAGCGAGGAACUCGCUCCUAUGUUCUUCCCGGGGCCAUUUGCCAUUGCCCAUCACCUCAUCUCUUCAUGGGCUUUUCAGGACUCGGUGAAUGGGUUUCAAUCUCAGCAUAAACGCGCCAAUGCUUCCAUGUCCAACUUGUAGCAGCCAGUGGCCUUAAGUUUCUAUAAUCUCGGUAUGUCCUCCUUGAUCCUCCGAGAGAUACGAAUAGGAAAAGAGAAAAUGAGAUGGAUAGUCUAAAAGGAAGAAAUGACAAAGGACACGACUGUUAAUCUGAGGGUAUCUUUCUCGC